CUGAGUACUGAGUGUUCUGUCCGCGCCGGCCCUCUCAAAUUCUAAACGCGUCAACAAGCCACAACAAACGCGCCACUGUUAACCGUCACGCUCAUCACUCACUACAGCGCACAACGAAAUGUUGAGCAUGCAAAGCUCUAGUCCAAUUUUUCAGACCCCAUCUACUCCUGGACGUUCGUCGUAUUACUCUGCGAGAAGUCAUCAACCGCUUGCUUCGUCACCCCUGGCUUCUCCGAAAUCAUCACCGGUAGUGUCUGCCCAAGCACGACGACAAGCUCAAUACAAAGCUCGCCCGCUUGCCACCCAGCUCCCAUGUGUGCAAGCCGGUAGCAGGACGCCCGAAAACCCACAGAAAACAUUUUUACGCGAUCGUUUCAAAGCGCGAUGUCUUGAGCGUGCCCAGAAACAACGACAGGAUAAAGUCCAAAAGCAAAGAACAGCUAGCAGCAGUGACGUGUUUUUUGACGCCGAGAUGGACUGUGACGAUGAAGAUGAAGACGAUGAAUCCAUUAUGCAAGAUGAGCUCUUUCGGAGAAUAAUAGCAAAUACUGCACAUAAGAAAAACCAUGCAUAUCGUCUUUCGUACUCUUGUGACGUUGGAUCCUCCAUUGACCCGGACAUGGAGGACGUGAGCCGGUGGGAAAGUGAAUUGCAAGAAAUGCCCCCUGACAGCUAUAGCGUGACACCCGAAGACCUCGAGCAAGAGGAAAUUGAGGCUUACGCCACAGAAUAUGCAAACUUUCAAGAAUUGUCGGAUCUGGGUGUUACUAUUGACGACUUUUCUGCGUGGAGUGACAUUGAAGAAACAGAAACUCCAGUGCCGUCAUCGCAAAUGACAGACAAGGCAGGGCGGUCGUCGGAGGAUCAUGAUAUGGAUCUAUCCUAACUCAAAUUGCAUGCUGUAAUUGUGCGUUCUGCUGUGGGUAGAUAUUAUCCUCUUGUGAUUUGUUGUAUCAUUAUCUAGUGUUACUGUAAAUUAUGGACCCCGUGCAGACUUCGGAUCAAUACUCUCCCGUCCGCAAGACAUACACAGUUACUAAUUACUCAAAAACGCGGAUCCAGUCUCUUUCCAGAGUCUUUCCCACCGCCGGUGGAGAGGUUGAGGUGGUCUGCUGUGGCAAAGUUAGAUGUUCCUUUAUACAGAAAUUCACUCCCAGCACAACCUUAUUCCUGGACCUCUCCUUACUUAUUCCUCGACUCUGCUUCUGGAACUGAAUGUCACACGAGCAACCAAGAACUCGCUCGCAGACCGCCUUGACCUCUCCAGCAGUGAGCCUGGCCCCUGCCACCCGUUCAGACCGAUCACUGUUCUGUCAGGUCCUCAGGGC